AUGACCGCCUCAGUACCCUCCUACCGCAUCGCUUCUAUCCCCGGGGACGGCAUUGGCACCGAAGUUGUCGCCGCUACUAUCCAGGUCAUCCAAAAGCUAGCCCAGACACUGGGAACCUUCCAAAUUGAUUUCACGCACCUUCCCUGGGGCACCGAAUACUACAAGAAGCAUGGUCGCUACGUGUCGGAAGGCCAUCUCGACACUUUGCGGCAGUUCGACGCCACGCUAUUCGGUUCCGUGGGCGACCCCGAUGUCCCCGAUCACAUCUCCCUCUGGGGUCUCCUCCUAGUCAUCCGCGGACCCCUGCAGCUCUACGCCAACGUGCGCCCCGUGCGCACUUUCCCAGGCACCAAAUGCCCGCUGACGACGGUCAAGGACGGUAUCGACUGGGUGCUUGUGCGCGAGAACUCGGAAGGCGAGUACUCGGGGCAGGGCGGUCGCAGCCAUGUCGAUCAGCCAUGGGAAGCGGCCACGGAGGUGGCGAUGUUCACGCGCGUGGGCAUCGAACGGAUCAUGCGGUUCGCCUUCGAGACGGCGCAGUCGCGGCCGCGCAAGCUCCUGACGGUGGUCACGAAGAGCAACUCGAUGCGCAACGGCAUGGUGCUCUGGGACAAGGUGGCCGCCGAGGUGGCGCAGGAUUUCCCCGACGUCACCUGGGACAAGAUGCUGGUGGACGCGAUGACGAUCCGCAUGGUCUCGCAGCCGCAUUCCGUGGAUACCAUCGUCGGCACGAACCUGCACAUGGACAUCCUGUCGGAUCUGGCAGCGGCGCUGGCGGGCUCGAUCGGCGUGGCGCCGUCGAGUAAUCUCGACCCGACGAGGAAGAGCCCGUCGCUGUUUGAGCCGGUGCAUGGCAGUGCCUUCGACAUCACCGGCAAGGGCGUGGCGAAUCCGGUCGCCACGUUUUGGUCGGCGGCGGAGAUGCUCUCGUGGCUGGGGGAGAAGGAGGCCGCGAAGACAUUUAUGGACUGUGUGGAAAGGGUGUGUGCCGCCGGGGUUCUGACGAGGGAUUUGGGAGGAAGUGCCAAUACGCAGGACGUAGUGGACGCCGUGCAUCAUGUACCGACCACCAUGGAGCCUUCUGAUCUCACAUCGGGCCCCUCCGAGAUUGGUUCCCUGACGGCCCAGUCCAACGACGAGAGUCAGUUCGUCGGCAGCUCCAGCGGUGUUUUCUUCAUCAAGACCGUUCGACAGGCCUUCUCGCAGAAUCUAGAUGGUCCCGCCGGUGCUUCGUCUGCCCAGGACUUUCCCCAGCCAGAAGACACUCUUCUUGGCAGUGAUGGCUCGCCGCGUGACAGGCGUUCGGCCCCGGCUUCCGCCAAAGCGUCGCCCUCGGUGAUGGAAUCCCAGUCGUCCCUAAGUCAGUGGGAGUAUGACCCUACCGUGGCGGCGGUUCUGGGGAAUGCUCCGCCGCUGGAUACAGCCCGCCAGCUGAUGAUGGUGUAUUUCAAAGUCUGGCACCCGUUGUUUCCUUUUCUUCAUGGCCCGACUUUCCUACAGGCCAUGGAGUUGCUCUAUUCCAAUGCGGGCCAGAGCAUUGCCCAAUCACCCGCCUCGGCCCAUCGGAGUGCCUGCUGGACUACCAUCUUUCAAUGCGUCUUCAACCUAGCUAGUCACCUGCGUCCGGAUCUCCAAUUUCCUGCGGGAUCUCGGAUCGGCUCCCCUAGUAGCAUGCACGCCUUGCUGGGCACGCUGACGGGUAGAAAUGAUCUCCCAUCUCUGCAGGCGCUGCUCGCCUCGCAACUGUAUCUCGUGGCCAAGAUGUCAUUGCGCACUGCGUCUACCGUAGGCGGUUGCAUGCUGCGGUCCAUGCUGCAUGCAGGUCUCCACCGCUGUCCGUUCCGAUACAAGGAACUCUCCUCGCAUGACCGCCAGCUGCGCAAGAGGAUCUUCUGGUCGGCAUACGCCAUUGACCGCUAUCUCAGCCAGGCCCUCGGCUUACCGCUGGGGAUCCAGGACUCGGACAUCGAUGUCUGCGCUCCGGGGGCCCAUGAAAUCCACAUUCCCGGGGCCUAUAAUCGGGAAUGGCCCUUCUUUUUGCCCCCUAUGGCUCCUGCGCCAGAACGUCAUCCGACAGCAGACAGUGCGUCAAGCUCACACGCCGAGAACCCCAACCUCAACGGACUCCAUCAUGCCAAUGACACAACCGGGACCAUGUCGCCUACGUGGUGUCCAAAUUUGGAUUUGGACUCCGAGGCUCGACAAAGCAAGCGAGAAAUCGCCUUCGCCAGCUACGUCGAAUCCGGCAAACUGACCGGUCAAGCACUGGAACUCUUCCACAAAUCCAUCCUUGUGCGCUCCGUCCGGCGCAGCUCCGUGCUCUUCCUCGUCACCGACGUGCACAAAUGGUGGAACAGCCUCUCCACUGACCUACAAGGAAUCCCAACGCCGUCACUACCGUCAAUGACCACGGAAACUCCUUUCAACUUCGGCCCCUUUUUCACCGUCCUCUACCAACAUCUCAUCCUCCUGAUUCACCGCCCCUCGCUCUCCCUCAGCCCCUCAACCCCAGAGUUCGCCUCUGGCCUACAGACCUGCAUUGGCGCCGCCAGGGAGAUUCUCUCCGCGCUCAAGGCGCAGGUCGAGGCUGGGCAGGCCCUCUUCUGGCCUGGAUUCCUGUCUGCCGCUUGGAUGGCCGGUCUAGUACUUGCUUUUGCGUGUCAGCUACGCCAGUAUGUUCUGGCUAAGGGUUCGAGAGAAAUAUCCAAAUGCCUCGACUUCCUCCACCUGAUGUCCACACAAUGGGAGACGGCAAAACACUGCCACCGCGCGCUCUCCCUGCUGGCCCACAAUAUCCACCACCACCAGGUCACAUCUGCAUCCGCAUCCUCAACUCCCACCAGAACACCAUCGCUGCGUAGAGACCCACAUGCGCAAGCAAGCAAUAUCCACGGGCGAGAAAGACCGAGCCAAACCACGGACACCUCGGACCCCCCGGACCCCGAGAGCCGCAAACGAAGACGUUAUGAAUCCACCACCACUGACCCGGUAUUCCAUGGCCAUGGCCAUGCUCCUGCAAAUACCCACAACAGCCAUAACCCACCGGAUGAAAUCGGAACAUCCGUACCCGUAUCUGACAUGCCGCCCGUGGCGGAGAAUCAGCACAGUGGCGAGGGGGCGGAUUCGUACGGCACCGGGCAAGACCCGGAUCCGGAUUACGAGGAUCGCUUGUUCUUCCCCGACGUGUCGGCAACCUCGAUGAUGGAUUUCGAUCUGAAUAUGGCGGAUUUGCUGCAGGGAGCGAAUUUCGAUAACUUGGUGGAUAUGUUUGGGCAGCAGUAUCCUAGUUUCUAA